AAGCGCACUCGACCGCAUUUUCAGCACACGUGCACGCUUGCACAGAGCGUGUUGCGCAUUAAACGCUACCUCUCGACGCGUUUUAUUGGAGGCGCACACGCUUGCCAAGCGGUGCUUGUGACAAGAGCACUUUGAGACACAGACACACGCACUACACUGCAAACAUGCGUCGUCUCCUCGUCCUGCUGGCGCUGCCGUCAGCGGCACCCUUCCAGCACCACAGAACAGCGCGGCACCAACCCACAAGACAAAACGUCUUCAGCGGCAUCGUCGAGGAGAUGGGCACCGUCGUGUCGCUGCAGACCGACAAGGAGAUGCUGCUCUGGGACGGCACGACGGGCGAGGGCACGGAGCUCAUUGUGGACGGCCCGGUCGCGUCGGACGGCGCCUACGUCGGGUGUUCGAUCGCCGUGAACGGCGUGUGUUUGACGGCGACGCGGAUUAACAUCGAUGACCAGCCCAAGUUCUCGUUGACGCUCGCGCCGGAAACUUUACGAAGGACGAACCUCGGCGCGUUGAAAGAGAAUGACAAGGUGAACCUCGAACGAUCGUUAGCUGCGGACGGCCGGAAUUCGGGUCAUUACGUGCAAGGUCACGUCGACACGACCGGAAAAGUCCUCAAGAAGACUUUGGAAGGCGACUCGCUCUGGGUCGAGAUCGAGGUGAACGACCCCGAUCUACUCGCGUGCAUCGUGCCCAAGGGCUACGUCGCCGUCGACGGCACAUCCCUUACCGUCGUCGACGUCUUUGAGAAGAGCUUUACGCUCAUGCUCAUCGAGCACACGCAGAAGUGCAUCGUGUUGCCGCAGCGGGCGAUUGGUGAUGAGGUGAACCUCGAGGUCGACGUCAUCGCGAAAUACGCGCGGCGGUCGGUCGGGGACUUCGACGCGCUCACGAAGCGCGUGGAGGAGCUCGAGGCGCGGCUCGAGGGCCUCGAGGGGUGCAUCCCGGGAUACGAUUGGGACGAUGCUGCUGGCCCAACAUCCGGGAGUGCGAAACCGGUCCGGGGAAGUAGCGCAUAAGUCAGAGUGGUGUGAGAAAAA